UAAAGCAACCCAUCAACAGAUUAAUUCAUACCAAAUCUCAACACAAUACAAGACAAAAGUCACCUAAAACCAUUGGAGAAGAAGAAGAUGGUUGCAACAGUUAUCGAUGCCAUCCUAGGAAACGACGUGGCCACUUUAAUCGCUCUCGCAGAGGAGAAUCCAUCGGUAUUGAGGGAGAGAUACCACAUGGAUACUCUCGGUGAGACGAUUUUGCACCUAGCGACUAAGCUUGGGCGUAAGGAAAUUUUCGAGGCGAUAAUUAAUCUUGGUCCUUCUCUUGUCGGAGUUACCAACCUUGAUGGCGACACUCCUCUUCAUUUUGCUGCACGCUGGGGACAUGCGACCAUUGUGGCUCAGAUAUUAGCGUCUGGCUAUGCUGAGUUCACCGCGCUCAACGGACGAGGAGAAACUGCCUUCGUUGUUGCUUGCCGCUACUCUCACCCCGAUGUCGCUAGUCUUAUAUUGGAAGGAACAAGUUCUAUCACGAUCGGGGAAUUUUAUGCGACUUUUGUUCUUGGAGAAUAUACGGAUAUCGCAAGGAGAAUGCUAGAGAAGUUCCCAAAACUAGCCUGGAAUGCCGAUGGAGAAUUGUCCACCCCAUUGCAUUAUGCGUGCAAUGCCAACAACCUCGAGAUAACAAAAAUGCUGCUAGAGAUUGAUGAAUGCCUUGCAGAGAGGGUCAACAAAGAUGGUUUCACACCUUUGCAUUUGGCGGCCAUGAAAUGCUCAAUUCCAAUUCUGAAGGAGUUUUCGGAUAAGGCUCCAAGAUCUUUCGACAUACUAACACCCGCAAAGGAAACUGUUUUCCAUCUAGCUGCGGAACAAAAAAAUACGCCAGCGUUCUAUUUCAUGGCAGAGAGUCCCGAUAGAAACAAUCUUCUCCACCAUGUGGAUAGAUAUGGCAACACUGUACUACACACUGCGGUCAUGUCCAGCUGCUAUUCCGUGAUAGUCUGCAUCACUUAUGAUACAACAAUAGAUAUCUCCGCCAAAAACAUUCGAGGACUGGAAGCGGUUGAUCUUAUCAAUGUCGACGAUGAAGAUUAUGAUAAGAUAUCCGGCUGGCUUAGGUUUGAUGCAAAACAAAUUCGAAAUCCUAUUGGUCCUCAACAAGGAAACUAUAACAUUGGGAAUAUAUCUGAAUAUAAGAUGCAAAUGCUUGAAACAUAUGAAGCACCCACAAACAAGGAAAGUAAGAUGCAUGCAGAAGCAUUGCAGAACGCAAGAAACACGAUCACAGUGGUUGCAGUUUUGAUUGCCUCGGUCGCCUUCACUUGUGGCAUAAAUCCCCCUGGCGGUGUCUAUCAAGAAGGUCCUUACAAAGGUAAAUCAACUGCGGGGACAACGUUAGCCUUCAAAAUCUUUUCCAUAAGCAACAACAUCGCAUUGUUCACAUCUCUAUGCAUUGUUAUCCUUCUUGUAAGCAUUAUACCUUACAGGACGAGACCACUCAUGAACUUCUUAAAACUAACACAUAGGAUGCUUUGGGUGGCUGUAGCAUCCAUGGCACUCGCUUAUGUUGCUGCAGCUUCCAUAAUCAUACCGCAUAUCGAAGGAACAAGAUGGUUGUUCACAACUGUUCUUUCUAUCUCUACCGUGAUGCUGGGAGCCACUGACCGGCAAGUCACGGAUAAUGAUGGCUAUUACUUCUACUAACAAAUGGUUUUAAGCCUGUUAUACCUACAUUUUUAAGAAACACUUGGGGGUCUUUUUCCAGUUUCUUGUUUGUAGUUUGUAAUUAAUUAACCGUUUUUUCCCACAACUUUUCUUGUAUCAUUUUGUUUGUAUUUGGAUCAUAAAUCUACCUUUAAUAAUACAAAUUUAAAGCA